AUGGUCAACUGCGUGGCGCUGCUCCGCGAGGCCUCCCCAUGGGGCCUGCUCGGCGGGGUGGCAGCGGCACUGGUCCUGUGGUGGGCGGUGCAGGUGCUGGAGUACGCCUGGUGGGCUCCCCGGCGAAUGGAGCGGGCCCUCAGGGCGCAGGGCCUGAGGGGCACCCAGUACCGCUUCCUGUGGGGCGACCUCAAGGAGGAGAGCCGGCUAACGGCGGCGGCCCUGACCAGGCCCGUGCACACGGACCGGCCCCACGACUUCUUCCCGCGUGUUUCCCCUCUCCUUCACCGUGCCGUCAAGGAGCAUGGCAAGCUCUCGUUCACAUGGUUCGGGCCGACCCCAAGAGUUGUAAUCACCGACCCUGAGCUUGCCCGGGAAGUGUUGACAAAUAAGUGUGGCGACUUCGUGAAAUCGAUGCUCUCUCCUCUCUCAAAGGUGCUGGUUGCUGGGCUCGUGGUCCUUGACGGUGAAAAAUGGGCCAAACAUCGGAGGAUUCUUAAUCCGGCCUUCCACGCGGAGAAGCUAAAGGGAAUGCUGCCAGCAUUCUUGGCUUGUUCCAGCGAACUGGUUGACAGAUGGGAGAAACAGAUUUCUGCUUCUGUUGAACCAACCGAGCUGGAUGUGUGGCCAGAGUUCCAAAAUCUAUCAGGAGACGUAAUUUCAAGAGCUGCAUUCGGUGUUAGUUACGAAGAAGGGAGAAGAAUUUUCCUACUUCAGGCCGAGCAAGCUGAACGCCUUGUUCAAUCUUUCAGGAUAAAUUACAUCCCUGGCUUCUCUCUCUUGCCGACAGAAAACAAUAGGAGGAUGAAUGCAGUCGAUAGGGAGGUCAAGACGAUCCUGAGGGGCAUAAUAGAGAAGAGACAGAAGGCUCUUAAGAAUGGUGAAGCAACCAAGGACGACCUGCUGGGAUUGCUACUGGAGUCGAACAUGAAUUACAGUGACUCGGAUGGCAAAUCCAGCAAGGGGAUUACCGUGGAAGAGGUGAUCGGCGAGUGCAAGGUGUUCUACUUCGCAGGUAUGGAGACUACCGGUGUGCUGCUCACAUGGACAAUGGUCCUGCUCAGCAUGCACCCGGAGUGGCAGGAUCGUGCCAGGGAGGAAGCUCUGCAAGUCUUUGGUCAAAACAAGCCGGAUUUCAAUGGCGUGUCACGCCUAAAAGUUGUGACCAUGGUGCUGUACGAGGUGCUACGUCUGUACCCUCCGGUGGUGGCCAUGAACCGCCGGACACACCAGCCGACGAAGCUGGGAGGCGUCACGUACCCGGCGGGAGUCAUGCUCACGACGCCCGUGAUGUUCCUCCACCGGGACCCUGCCCUGUGGGGGUCCGACGCCGGCGAGUUCAACCCGGGGAGGUUCGCCGACGGCGUGUCCAAGGUGUGCAGCGACCCGGGCGCCUUCGUCCCCUUCAGCUGGGGGCCGCGCGUCUGCAUCGGCCAGAACUUCGCGCUCGUGGAGGCCAAGCUGGCGCUCAGCAUGAUCCUACAGCGCUUCGCGUUCGAGCUGUCGCCGGCGUACGUGCACGCGCCCUACACUGUCCUCACGCUGCACCCGCAGCACGGCGUUCCGGUCAGGCUGCGCAGGCUAUGA